AUGACUACAAACUUGUUCUUUAUUUUGCUCUAUUUAUUAAUAAACUAUAGACUUUGUCAAAAUAAUAUCAUUCAUUUUGGUUUUCUACACUGUGAUGUAAGAGGGGUUAACUGUUUGACUUCAAGAAUAAAUCUAGGUUCAGGAUGUUGAUGGAACUACAACAUAUAUAAACUACCGUACUUCUGCAAGUGCUGCAAAUAUUGCAAUGGACAGAUUGAAAAGUGAAGGUUUAUUACAUGGAUAUGAAUUUAAAAUGACUAUUUUAUUUGAUAAUUGUGAUGAAGUUGAAUCAACUGGAAAAACUCAAGAAUUAAUUAAAACUCAUAAUGUGGAUGUUAUCAUUGGACCAACUACUAAUUAUCGUAAGAUUAAUUAAAAUUGUUAUAAUUAUCUAGAAAUAUGUUUCAGCUGCGGUUCCUGCUUUCACAUUGGCAACAUUCCAUAAUAUUCCAAUUAUUGCUUGGGGUCUAACAUCAGCUGGAUAUCUUGAUGAUAAUUCUAGAUUUCCAAGUUCUGGUUUGAUGUCUGUUGGUUCUGGAAGUUUGAGUAUUGCUUUCCGUUUAAUGAUGAAAGAAUAUGGUUGGGAUCAAUUUGUUUUUGUAUUUUCAUUAGUUGGAGAUCAGGAAAAAUGUGCGACUCUUCGAGAUGAUUUACAAGAUAUGGUAUCAUAUUUUGGAGAUAUAACAAUGUCUUACAGUCGACAAAUCACUGAACAUACUGAUGCGGCAAUGACUGCGGCUUUGAAAGAUAUUGCCACGCGGGGAAGAAGUGAGUAAUUACUGUUGAAUUGGGCUUGUUUUUAACCAGACUAGAAAAUAAUUUCUGGCUUCACAUCAAGCUUGAAUACUAGGGCUUCAAUCAAUUACGAAUGCUGAAUAUUUUUGUAUGUUGAGUGCAACUUGGGAAUCUUGUUGGCAACAGAGGGGAUUAAUUUUGGUAGAUAGCAAUUGUUUUUUUUAUGAAAAAUGAAAAAUUUGUCACAUGAUUGUUCACGUUUGUACAAAUUGCUGAAAAAAGGGUGAAAUAUUUAUUACAGUAAUCGUGGUUUGUUUUAACAAUGGUAAUAGUGAUGGGUCAAAUCGACAGUUUUUCAUAAAUGCAAACAAAUUGGGCUAUGACAAUGAUGAAUUUGUAUAUAUUUUACCAGCACUGAAGUCAAAAGGAUACGGUGAUUAUUUUUGACAAAAAUAUUCUAAAAACAUUAUCUAAAAUAAAAUAUUUCCAGGAGUUCUGCAAACGGAUGGUACAAGGCGAAUGCCUUGGGUUCUUGCUUCCGGAGCACAGGAUACUGAUUCAUUGGCGAUUCCAGGUUUUCAAAGAUCAUUUGCAAUUGUCGAUGUAAAUUGUUUCGAAUUAAUUUAUAAUUUUUAUUUUUUUUAAAGAUGCAAGGACAAGGACAGGUCAGCGCGAACUUUAGCACGUUCUUGGCUGAAGUAAUUUCUCGAAUGAAAUUGUAUCCAUAUAAUUGUACAACUGAAUGUGAAGGAGCAGCUUAUCAAGUAGCAGCAACUUAUUGUGGACAACUUCACGAUGCAGUUUAUGCGUAUGGUGUUACAUUAGAUAAAGUUAUAAAAACAAAUGCAACGCAGUAUAAAAAUGGAACAUACAUUAUAUCAAAAAUGCAACAAAAUUUCACAGGCGCAUCUGGACCAGUUUAUCUCAAUAAAAAUGGUGUGAGAAAUCCUACAUUAUAUAUUGUAAACUUGUCAUCGAACAUGACAUCGACUACAAUAUCAACAGUUUAUGUUGAUGGACAGGUUGGAGUUAUGACUAAAAUGUAUACAAAUGAAUCAAGUCAAUUGUGGCAUUUUCGAAGUAACAUGCAAAGACCAUUAGAUGAACCACUUUGUGGAUUUACUGGAACAAAUUGUCCCGAAAAUGUUUUCAUUCAAUAUAUGGCUUGGUUUAUUAUUGCAAUUGUGAUAAUCGUAUUAGCUAUUUGUGGAGCAAUUUCAGCAAUUGUAACAAUGAUUCGAGCAAAACAACAAGAAAUUGAAAGACAAAAUGCUUUAUGGCAAAUCCCAUUUAAUACAAUGAAACCAAUUACUAAAAAGAAUAAAGGAGAUAACAGUAUGAGAAGUAUUAGCAGUGGACCAAGUACUAUUUCAUCGACUAAAUCAACAUUAUCAGAAGUUACGGAAAAAAGACACUUUUUAUUUUUCACAAUACAAAAUGAAUUUGAGAGCGAAAAAGUUGCUGCUCGAAAACACGUUGUUCGACCAAUUUUUGAUACAAAAGAAUGCGCGUUUAUGCGGCAAAUGAGACUUAUAGAUCAUGCAAAUUUGAAUAAAUUUAUUGGGAUGUCGUUAGAUGCGCCGCAAUUGAUGUCAGUUUGGAGAUUUUGUGCAAGAGGAAGUUUGGCUGAUGUUAUUCAGAAAGCAACUAUUCAAAUGGAUGGAUUCUUUAUUUAUUCACUUAUGAAAGAUAUUAUGAAUGGCUUGAAUUAUAUUCACGAUUCAAAUAUUGAAUAUCACGGAAUGUUGACUUCAAAAUCAUGUUUAUUGAAUGAUAGAUGGCAACUAAAAAUAACAGAUUAUGGAAUCAAACAAAUUCGAAUGAGUGAUCAAUUUAAUAAAACUGAUCUACUUUGGACAGCUCCAGAACUUUUAAGAUCUGGUGAUUUGAUGGGUUCAAAAGAAGGAGAUAUUUAUAGUUUUGGAAUAAUAAGUUCAGAAAUGGUAACAAGAAAAUCAGUAUUUGAUAUUGAAAAUAGAAAAGAAGAUGCUGAAGAAAUAAUAUAUAUGUUGAAAAAAGGAGGAAUGAGAUCACCUCGACCAGAUUUAGAUCAUGAUGAUACAAUUGAAUUAAAUCCAGCAUUAUUACAUUUAAUUCGAGAUUGUUGGACAGAAAGACCAUCUGAAAGACCAAAUAUAAAAGAAGUAAUGAGUCAAUUGAGAGGAAUGAAUAAUAAUAGAAAUGAUAAUUUAAUGGAUCACGUAUUUAAUGUAUUAGAAUCAUAUGCAUCAACAUUAGAAGAUGAAGUUGCUGAAAGAAUGAAAGAAUUAGUUGAAGAAAAAAAGAAAUCUGAUUUAUUAUUAUAUCGAAUGUUACCAAAACAAGUUGCUGAUAAAUUAAAAUUAGGACAAACUGUUGAACCAGAAACAUUUGAUCUUGUUACUUUAUUUUUCUCCGAUGUUGUUAGUUUUACAACAUUAGCUGGAAAAUGUACACCAUUACAAGUUGUUAAUUUAUUAAAUGAUUUAUAUACAAUAUUUGAUGGAAUUAUUGAUCAACACGAUGUUUAUAAAGUUGAAACAAUUGGAGAUGGAUAUUUAGUUGUAUCUGGUUUGCCACAUCGAAAUGGAAAUGAACAUUCAAGACAUAUUGCAAGUAUGUCUAUUGCUUUUAUUAGUUCAUUAACUAAUUUUCGAAUUCCACAUUUACCAAAUGAAAAAAUCAAUAUUCGAGUUGGAUUUCAUUGUGGUUAGUUUAUCUGAUAGUGUUUUAUAAUUAUUGAUAAUCAACAAUUCAUUUAGGAUCUGUUGUUUCUGGUGUUGUUGGUUUAACAAUGCCAAGAUAUUGUUUAUUUGGAGAUGCUGUAAAUACAGCAAGUCGAAUGGAAAGUAAUAGUAAACGUUAGUAUUUUUUUAUAUUAAUUUUGGAAAAUGUUUUUACACUUAUUAAUUUUAGCUGGACAAAUUCAUAUAUCAUCUGAAGCAAAUGAUCAAUUAAUUAAACUUGGUGGAUUUACAACAGAACCACGUGGAGAAGUUAUUGUAAAAGGAAAAGGUGUUAUGAAUACUUAUUGGCUUCUCAAAAUGUCUCCAGCUGCUGCACCAAAAUUGAAUAACAAAACGGAUUAG